CUUUCCUUUUUAUUCACACACACGCACACAUACGAUGGCCGCUACUGCAGAAUUGAUCAUUCCUCCCAAAAAGAUACUUCAUGAAAAAAAGCCUAUUUCCUAUCAAACCCUCUUACUUGGGGCAGGUUUAAACAUGUUUGAAACAUCUACGCUGGGUCAACCAUUUGAAGUCAUGAAGACACAAAUGGCUGCUAAUCGUGGUCAAUCUCUAUCUCAAUCCCUGAAGGCUAUCUAUAGUCGUGGUGGUAUUUUUGGUUUUUAUCAAGGUCUUAUUCCUUGGGCAUGGAUUGAAGCCAGUACAAAGGGUGCUGUCUUGUUGUUUACAGCAGCUGAACUAGAAUAUCGCGCUUUAUCUUCUGGUGCAUCCCCUUUUCUUGCUGGUAUUAUGGGCGGUAUGGGUGGUGGUAUUGCUCAAGCCUAUAGUACCAUGGGGUUCUGUACAUUUAUGAAGACGGUAGAAGUGACAAGACAAAAGUCAGCUAGCACAGAAUCCACUUUUAAAAUUGCUGCUGAUAUCUUUCAAAAGGAAGGUAUUGUCGGCAUCAAUAAAGGUGUGAAUGCAGUUGCCCUUCGUCAAUGUACCAAUUGGGCAUCUCGAUUUGGUAUUGCUCGAUUUGCUCAAGAUGCUAUUGUUAAGUUAAGACAUGGUGAAAAGGGUAUUGCUGACAACAUGGAUAAGGCAACCGCAUCUAUUGCUGCUGGUGCCAUGUCAUGCUGGAAUCAACCACUUGAAGUCAUCCGAGUCGAGAUGCAGAGUCAAGUUCAAGGUGAAGGAAGACCUGCUAAAAUGACAUUGAGUUCAACUACCAAAUACAUCUAUCAAAAGAGUGGCUUUAAAGGGUUCUAUCGUGGUGUUGCUCCUCGUAUUGGACUUGGCAUGUGGCAAACACUUGUCAUGGUAGCAUUAGGUGAUCAUUUCCGUGCUCGCUUAAAGUAAACUAUAACAAUAAAACAUACUUUAUUCUAACA